AUGGACAUGUUUUUUGAAUUAAACAAAUUUAGAAAUUCGAUUAAACAAGAAGUAUAAAGUAGACCUAGAUCAUAAAUGAGAUAAUCGUAAUUAAAAAGAAAGAUGUCAAGCAUCAGAAACAGUGUGCAUGGAAGUUUACAUGGUAGUGGCAACAAUAGUUUGCAUAAUAGUGCUUAAAGAUAAAGUAAUAACACAAUAGGUUAAGUGUUGCCAUUUCAUAAAAUCAAAGAAAUUUAGUAAACAUUAUUAGAAUGCAAUUAUAUUAAUGAUCUCUCUGUUUAUUAUGUAGAAGAGUUAGUAAGAUUUGCUAGUCUAGUUAUGGAAAAAGUAGUUAAAGUCAGAGGCCAUAAAUGA